GUUGCGGCUCCCAAACCCAUAGCGAACUUGCCUGGUCUGCGGAAUAAGGGAAACACCUGCUACGCCAAUGCGGCCCUCCAGCUCCUCUUUCACUGUCCCGACUUUCGAGAGGCCUUGCUGUCCCAAAGCAACACUUCGAUUUCGUCAACUCGUAAUGCAGACUCACUGCAGAGCGUUAAUGAACAAAAACCCUUUGGGGAGCUCCACAAGACCCUUUUAGAACUGUUUUACAUGCUUUCGAGUGGAAAGGCAGAGGUGGCCAGGGAUCCCUCAGCGGUUCUAACCCUCUCACGACCUCCCCACUUUGUACAUGGGGAGCCGCAGGACUCAGCGGAGUACCUCAAUCACCUGCUCGAUUGUCUCCAUGAGGAGGAAUUAAAGGCGGCGGCGUCGACUUCUUCAGACUUCAGGCCCUCCUCGUCAAUCGUUAGACGCUUAUUUGGAGGUACUUUAUCGCGGCGUACGAUUUGUGCUGCCUGUCAACACGUCUCAAGCGCCGAACUAGAAGACUUCAUUUGUCUUUUCCUUCCAAUGGACUCAGACCACUCGGUCGGCGCCGAUAGUUCACGUGACAGGGAUCCAGACCUCGCUUCGUUGGUGCGUGCACACUUUUCACGACCGGAGCAAGUCACUGAUGCUGGGGAUUGUGAGGUGUGUGGAAACAAAGGAAGUGGCACUCGGGAGCGUCGUCUCAGCAUCCGACACCUUUCACCCAACGUCCUCAUUUGUCUUAACCUUUUCACAUACGACCAUGCUACCCAAACCUGUCACAAAAUAAUGCAGCGUGUACGUAUCAACGAACAGCUUUCGGUGCAAAUUGCGCGCAAUCCAACCAUAGUUGGCAACCACAAACUUGCCGACGAGGAAGACGUAGCCAACGAAUUUGUACUCUUUCAACUUAGAGGGAUGAUCAUCCACCACGGCCUGUCUCUUGGCUGUGGUCAUUACACCUGUGUAACUCGUGUCGGUCCUCGGUGGGUUUCCUUUGACGACGGAACAAGCAAAUUCACCAGUCUGGACGCGGUGCAACGAGAACAGUUCGCAACGCCCUACCUCCUGCUCUAUAGUAGAGCAUUCUAA